GGGCCUGUUUCCGGGUGGCGCGUGGGGCUGGAGGCCCUCCAGCUGGCCCUGCCGCCACCAACAUGGAGACCUUGUACCGGGUCCCGUUCUUGGUGCUCGAAUGUCCCAACCUGAAGCUGAAGAAGCCGCCCUGGGUGCACAUGCCGUCUGCCAUGACGGUGUACGCGCUGGUGGUCGUGUCCUACUUCCUCAUCACCGGAGGAAUAAUUUAUGAUGUUAUUGUUGAACCUCCAAGUGUUGGCUCUAUGACUGAUGAACAUGGACACCAGAGGCCAGUAGCCUUCUUGGCCUACAGAGUAAAUGGACAGUACAUUAUGGAAGGCCUCGCAUCCAGCUUCCUGUUUACAAUGGGAGGUUUAGGUUUCAUAAUCCUGGACCGAUCCAAUGCACCAAAUAUUCCCAAACUCAACAGAUUUCUCCUGCUAUUCAUUGGAUUUGUCUGUGUCCUAUUGAGCUUUUUCAUGGCGCGAGUAUUCAUGAGAAUGAAACUGCCGGGCUAUCUGAUGGGCUAGAGUGCCUUUUGAGAAGAAAUCACUGGACUCCAGACUUGCUCCUGUGAAUGAAGUUUGAAAGUCUGUACCAAUCCUCUAUGAAAUAUGGAAAGGAACGAAGAACAGCAGGAAAAGAAGCUUGAGUGGAAACCUGGAAGCACAUUAAAGCUCACACUAGAAUCUCUUGGUAUCAGAGACAAGUUUAUCACAGUAUUUUUUUUUUUCUGCUGCUGACCUGUUCUGAUAUCCCAACCAUGUUAAGUGGCAUUUUCUUACUUUUUCAUUUCUUAACAGAAAAAAAAUACUCCACUUCUCAAACUGUAAUAUUGAAUAAAGUGAUUAUUUUCUACAGUCCCCUUAACAUCUUUUUUUUGGACUUGACAUUUCUGAUUUUAAGAACUUCAGCACAGAGGCAAGAUCUGUGAGUGAGAGCUCUCGGUGGCUAUUCUCCAGUGGUGCUUUUGCCUUUAAACAGUGUGUGUGCUAGUGCGCCUAUGAAUUCAGGACUGUCUCCUGAGCAGUAUGACGUAUGAAAGGAGCAGAAAUAAAUGAUUUUUUCUAAU